UUGAUCUUCCGCGUCCGUUCCACUUUUUCGUGGGAUCUCCGUUUCUUCGUGGUUCAGCGAGGUGAAAAGAGGAAUAUUUUCAACAGAUCGAAUUAUUACAGGAACGAACCUAGGAAAUUUUCGUGGUGAUCCCUAAAGCCUUCUUCGAUCUUCCGCGACGUUGCGUUUUAUCGUGGAACUUAUAUUCCCUUAUGGUUUGACGAGCUGGUCAGAAACAUAUUAGUAGAUUUAGUUACUAUGAAGAAACACAUAUCAGUAAGUUAGAAAUUGUUAUGUAGAUUCGUGUGAACGCGACAUUUCCAAAUACAACGAUUUGACAAAUUGGAAGAGAGAGAAAUAGGAAAAGAGGGUUGAUUUUUGAUUGCGGGAUUUUCGUGGCCGGAUUAUACGUGACCCAGGAUCAGUGAUCGACGAAGGAGGAGAUUUAGAAGGCUUGAUUAAACAGUAGAAUGGAUGGGCCGGCGGUAUUAUCGAUGCCGCCGAUAACCGCGCCCCAAAAAUCAGCACAAUCGCCGCAGCCACAGUCGCAUUCGAAAUCCAAUCAGGAGUUGCAGGUGGGCACUGUAUCUCUCUAUGGCAUUCACAUCGUGUCCCUGGUGAUCGAGGGUCAAGAAAGGCUAUGUUUGGCUCAGAUAAGCAACACGUUGCUGAAACAGUUCAGUUACAACGAGAUUCACAAUCGCAGGGUAGCUUUGGGCAUCACCUGCGUGCAAUGCACUCCCGUCCAGUUAGAAAUCCUCCGUCGAGCCGGCGCUAUGCCCGUUUCCUCCAGAAGAUGCGGCAUGAUUACGCGAAGGGAAGCCGAGCGUCUCUGCAAAUCGUUCCUCGGCGACAAUGCGCCGCCUAGAUUACCAGAAGACUUCGCUUUCUCGGUGCACCACGAAUGCGCCUGGGGCUGUCGAGGCGCGUUUCUACCAGCUCGCUAUAACAGUUCGCGUGCGAAAUGCAUCAAGUGCGCCUACUGUGGCCUCUUCUUCUCCCCCAACAAGUUCAUCUUCCAUUCACACCGAAUCGGCCCAUCGGACAAAUACGUGCAACCGGACGCGGCGAAUUUCAAUUCCUGGCGUCGUCACAUGAAACUUUCCGGAAAUCCGCCGGACGAGGUGGUGCACGCGUGGGAGGAUGUGAAAGCAAUGUUCAACGGCGGCACUAGAAAGCGAUUGCUUAAUAAUCCAACGUCAAGGGAAUCGCCAAGUCCUGCAAAGCAGCCGAGAUCAUCGCCUACGGCGCAAAUUCCGACCCUCGUGCCGUCGCCCACGCAUCCACGUGUCCCUCCAUUUCCAGAAUUACCUCUACCGUUGUCUAGAAGCUUGGUGAUGGACUAUGUGUGGCAUCAACAUCAACAGGCUGCCGCUGUUGCUGCCGCCAAAACACCCGGUUUUCCAUUUUCACCCUACGCUCUCCCGUGGCUCGCUAAGAGAGGACCAGUGCUCUUUCCUGGUCCUCUACCACCGCCAAUAAGCGGUUCCAAUCCAACCGAACCGCUUAUACCAACGGUGAAUCCAUCAUUGCAUCAGUCUGCCUUUCGUCCUGUGAUUCGUGGACCACCGAUAGUUGAAUCGGUGACUCAAGAACAACCAUCGGAUACCUCGGUAUCCCAAAAAGAAGAUAAUUCUGACGACGAAGUGGAUAUAGAGACAACAGAAGACGAUCCAGUGACACCUUUAAACAUUACUGCACAGAAUCUUCAUUCCGUUUCAAAUUCAGCUACCAGUAGUCAUAGUGGUCGUAAUUCGCCACAGUGUUGGAGUCCUCCUCGAGAAACGGAACGAGAAGCUGAAAAGGUAGCAGAGGAGACAGCAGCUAUGCGUGACGUUAAACCAGAACUUCAACCUGCAAGAAGUCCCGACACCUGGCAAGGGAAUAGCUUUUACCGGCAUCUCAAUGUAAUAAAAGGAAGUGAGCCGAACGAGAGAACGAGUGCGGAUUGUUCCGCUUGCCAUCCACGAGGAAUAUUUUACGGCCAGAUUCAUAGCCCGUCUGCGCCCACUAAUUAAUCGACACGAGAUGCAGUAGCAGCUGAAAGAGGAUGAAGAGAAGUAGUGUGAGGGUUGGAGGUUAAAGAGAGAGAGGGAGAGAGGGAGAGAGAAAGGAUGGAAAGAAAAAGAAGAGGAAAAGA